UCCCUCGCGUUCGUAGCUGCUACCCGUAUCAAUGUUGCGGGUGUUAAGGAGACUCCGUUGAGAUCAACUAAGUCAUUGUGCGGCAGAGGUGUUCCACGAGCCGCGCCAUGAAGCUCCUUGUCUGCCUCUUUGGGCUUUUUGCCUCAUUCGCUCAGGGCUACGAUUACCAAACGUUCUGGUUCGAGACGAAGAUCGACCAUUUCAGUUUCGCAAGGAAUGACUCUUUCAAGAUGCGUGUUCUCUACAGCGAUAAGUACUUUGACAGCAGUGAGCCAGGACCGGUUUUUUUCUACACUGGGAACGAAGGAGAUAUAGAAACGUUCACCAAUAAUACAGGUCUCAUGUGGGAUUGGGCAGCCGACUUCAAAGCUCUUCUGAUUUUCGCCGAACAUCGAUUUUAUGGGAAAUCAAUGCCCUUCGGAGACAAAUCCUACGACACCUACAAACAAUAUGGAUAUCUGACCGCCGAACAAGCACUAGCCGAUUUCGCGGAUCUCAUUCAGCACGUCAAGAACAACUGGCCAGUCAAAAAAGUUGUCGCCUUCGGUGGUUCCUAUGGAGGCAUGCUAUCGGCUUGGAUGAGAAUCAAGUAUCCUUGGCUCAUUGACGCGGCUAUUGCUGCUUCAGCACCCAUCCUUCAAUUCCAAGACGUGACGGCGUGCGGAGUGUUCGAUAAAAUCGUCACCAAAGCCUUUGCGAAAGCGAGUGAAAGGUGUGCGGACAACAUCCGCAGAUCAUGGAUUGCUCUCGAGAAGCUCGGGAAGGAUGGCGAGAACGGUUCUGCUUUAAUCCGCGAGAAUUUCCGCAUCUGUCAGAACGUUCUGCCGUCUAAUUACACGGCCGUGCGAGACUGGCUUCACGACACCUAUGGCAAUCUAGCCAUGAUUAACUACCCCUACGGUACGAACUUCCUGAAGAAGGUUCCUGGACAUCCCGUUCAAGUAUCCUGCAGUUUCCUGGAUAAAGACUUCCACUGCGAUGCCGAGCUUCUCAAGGGCGUCUACCAGGCUAUCAAUGUGUUCCAUAACUUUUCUGGAGACACCCAAUGCAACGACGUCGGGAACUCCGGUGGGGACAACAUCAGCGAUGCGGGUUGGAACAUUCAAACCUGCAACGAAAUGGUUAUGCCUUUCUGUGGAGAUGGCCAAGAAGAUAUGUUCUAUCCCUAUUCGUGGAAUUUCACACAGUUUCGAAAAGACUGCGAGAAGAAAUAUGGGAUGACUCCGGACCUCAAUAUCGCCAGAAGGAUGUUCGGUGGCAGAGAUAUCAGUGCAGCCAGCAAUAUCGUGUUCAGUAACGGUGAUCUCGAUCCUUGGUGUGGAGGCGGUGUCCUGAAGCAACUGAACCCGACCUUGCCCGUGGUCAUCAUUGAAGGAGGGGCUCACCAUUAUGAUCUCCGUUCAGCGAGCCCUCUGGAUACUCCGGCUGUGAUUUCCGCUCGAAACGUAGAGAAGGAAUAUAUCAAACUGUGGAUAGGCGCCUCUUGAAUAUGAGUUUCAUCCAGGCGCAAUAAAAAGCGAAUCCGCUCGUUGUGGAUCGUUGAAUC